AUGUUAUACUUCUUAUAAUCAAUAGAUCAAUUUGGGGUUGAGUAAAAACUAUAAAUUCCUCCUAUUAAUCCCACAUAAAAAAGCGCUUUAGGUGGAUUAAUAACUCUUACUUUAUAUGGAAUUAGCUUAGGAUAUUUUAUAUUCCAAUUUAUCGAUUGGCAGUCAAAUCAUAAACUUCCUAAAAUUACUUCUCUUUAAUAAUAGAUUGAAGCAGAUUAAACUAUUUUAUAAAGAGGAGUAUUUUUUGAGAUUUGUUAUUUUAAAAAACUGAAUAAUUCAAUAGAUCCUUUUAAUCCGAAAUAAUUGAUCUAUAAUCCAAUUUUCUAGUUGAUACCAAAUAAUUGGGAUCACGUAAAAUUCCGAUCAUUAUUUAUAGACAUAAAACAUAACUCUUCGUUUUUAGUAAGAAUAAUCAGAAAAUGGAAAAAUUAUCAAUAAAUUUUAUGUUGAAGAUAUAAAAAUUUCAAAAUCUCCUCUAGAAUUAUCUCAAAUAAAUUCUGUUGACUAUUAAUUAUUACUUGGAUUUUGCAGAUAAAAUCAAUUAAGUGAAGGGCAAUAAUGUGCUGAUGAAGACACAAUAAAUGAAUUUUAUAAAUAAGAAAACUUUUUUCAAGUUUAAUUAUUUAUUGAAUAAUUCGAUCCAAAAGCAAAACAAUUCAAAAAAGUUCCUAAAUCUUAUGUUUUAGAUAUGAUGCCAGGUUAGCUUUUUUAUAAUUAAUUUACAUUGUAAGUUGGUGAAUUGGAAUUAGAUGAUGGAUUUUUAUUUCCAAACUCAAAUGAGUACACAUAUCUAUCUGAUUUCUAAUUUAUAAGUUCAACUCAUGAUAAGGCAUAUUCAAAAAAAUAUUAUGGAGAAGAAUUAAUUUCAAUUUUAUAUUUUACUUUAGAUGAAAUAAAAAUAGUUAAUAGUGUUGAAUAUCCAAAAAUAUCAGAAAUAUUAGCAGACACUGGAUCAAUUAUAUCUUCGAUACUUUCAAUAUCUUUUUUAGUUUCAAAAUAUAAUGAGAAUAUUUGCUUGUAAAAAGCCUAAAGAGAGAUAAUUAGUAUGUAUUAUCAUGAUUUUAUUGAUUUUUAAAUAAAAAAGAAUUGGUUGGGUAAAAUCAUCGGUGUUAAUUUCAAAGGAAGAGAUUAUGAUCCUUAAAAAUCAGAAGAAAUUUUGAAUAAAUUACAUCAAAUAGCAAUUGCAAAAAUGAAUUAUUUAAAUUUAUAAAAUGAAGUAGCCAAGUAAGUAUAUUAUAAAUUACAUAAGAUUAUAGAUAAUUAUAUAAGAACAUUUAGGAUUACAAUAAAUUAAAAAAUAUUUAGAAUCAAAAUAUAAAUUAGAAAAUUUAUUUGAAAAAAUAGGAGUACCUGAAAAAAACAUUUAGUCUAUCAAUUAAAUAGUAUUUGAAUUAUUUAUAACAAGCUUCCAUCUGACCAACAAUAUAUGAGAAAUCCGCAACAAUAAGUGAGUUCUGAAACAGAAAUAUUAUAACAAAAAGAGAAUAAUUUAGAUUAAGAAUUAGAUGAAAGAAUCUAGUUAUUAAUUAAUAAAAAUAUCAGAAAAUUACAAUAGCAUGAUACUAAAAUUUAAGAACAAUAAGAUAGUUCACAAAAUUUAAAUAUUAAUUUAUAGGUGAUAAACCUUGAAUAAUCAUAAACAUCCCUAAAAUGA